AUGGUAGAAGAGACUCGUUCAUUUGAUCAACAAACCCUUACUGGAGGCUUUAAUGAUACCAAGAAGCGUUUAUUGCGGUACAUCUUGUUACACCGCGGGGUCUGUUCUCACAGUUCGUUGUUGAACGCGUUGCGAGCGUUGGAACAAGACGAAGUCGCUGACGAAGUCGGUGGAGAAGUGAACGAAAGAUUGGACCUUAUUUUGAAAGAUAUCAAUGUCAAUUUGUCGAAAGUUGGAUACAGCGUUUUGCGAUGUUACGAUCGAUACGGAGAUCGUUGUUAUGCUUAUAUAGACGUUGGUCAAACUGCAGAAACGAAAUUAGCAACAACGUUCAACGCUGAUGAGCUUGAAUACGUUAAAUGGUGUAUUGCGAGUUUUAUGAAGAGCGGGGGUAUUGUGCAUGACGUUGACGACCAUGGCAGCCGUGUGCGUGACGCAGUUGACGAUAUUCUUGAACGCGCGAGUAGCAGCUCACAACGACGACUAGACAAGGUCGUCUCUUACACAGAAGGAUCUCUCCAUUUGUGCGAUUACGUAGCUUUGGGUGCGAGUCGUGCGGAGGAAUUGCUGGUCAAAUUGUGUAAACUGAAAUGGUUCUAUCGCACGGCAGGUGGCCGCGUCGGUCUUGACACUCGUGGCGUCCUAGAGCUCAACGAGUACUUGUCCCGCGAAUUCGAGACACCUCAAUGUUGUGCAUGUGUUUCAACAACACUAUCAGGUGUGAUUUGUAGUUGUCGACGAUCUGCGUGGCACGUUGCUUGUUUCCAACACACCGUUGUCCAUCUCACGCAGGAGUGUGCAGAAUGCGGACAAUCACUGCUGAACGCAUUCUACUUAGACUAA